ACCAUCAAGAUCAAGAUCAUCAGCACCACGCGGAGCAGACUGCAGAGUAAACAGUGAAGGCAGCGUGCUGUCGUUGCAUUGCAGCCCUAAAUAUUUUCAUCAUAGACGUAAUAAUAUAAAGCGACAAACAUGGGCAGGGCUGCAAAUUUUCAAGAUAAGCCUAAGAAAGGUCCAGGAAGAAAAGCUAGAAAGCAGAAGGACCCUGUCUUUCCCCGUGCCACAAAUGAUGAGGAUGAGCCCAAAAAGUUGAGUAGGCGCCAGAGGAUACGUGCCAGAAAGAGGACACUUAAGCAGGAAGCAGUCAAAACUAAUCCUCCCAAGAAAAUGAAGAAGAUGAAUACAAAACAAAAAGUUGAUGGUGAUCUGGACAGUGAGGGGGAGCAUCAGUUCAGUUCUGAUGAGAUGGAGGAGUUUACAAACAACAUUAAGACCAACAGUGUUGAAGAAACUCAAGCAAAGACAAAAUUUGCUUUGUUUGAAAAAGAUGGUUCUAGUGAUGAAGAUAGUGGUGGUGGGAAUGAAGAUGGUGAAGAAGAAAAUGAUGAUUUUGGUGUGGGGAAUGAAGAUGAGAAUGACAUGGGUUUUCAAGAUGAUGAUGAUGAUGAUGAUGAUGAUGAUGAUGAGAAGGAUAUUGAGAAAUUAUCAAAAAAAAUAGAGAAGAAAGAAAAGAAAAAGAGAGCUGCAGGAGAUGCCUACCUAGAGGAGUCUGCUGAGAAGAUUGGGAUCCAGAUUCCUAGCCUGGAGGAAGUACAGCAAGAAGAUGAAGACUCUCCGGACUUACCCAACAUUAAUGCCCGCAUUAAAGACACUGCAUUUGUCCUUGCUGAUUUCAGCAAGCGAAGGGAGGAAGGAAGAAGUCGUUCAGAGUAUCUUGCAAUAUUUCUCAAAGACCUUUCUACAUACUACUCCUACAACACCUUCCUUAUGGAGAAGCUGUUGGAUAUGUUUGGGCCCACGGAGCUUAUAGAAUUCCUGGAGGCUAACGAAUUGCCCAGACCUGUUACCAUUCGGACUAACACACUAAAGACACGGCGGAAAGUCCUUGCUACUGCCCUCAUAGCCCGAGGCAUUGAUGUGGAUGUGAUCACAUGGUCCAAGGUGGGCCUCAUUGUUAUGCGCACCCCGGGAAACGUGACACUUGGCGCCACUCCAGAGUACUUGGCUGGCCAGUACAUCCUGCAGGGAGCCUCCAGUUUCCUUCCUGUAAUGGCUCUCGCCCCAAAAGAAGGAGAAAAGGUUCUGGACAUGUGUGCAGCACCAGGGGGAAAGUCAACACACAUAGCUGCAAUAAUGCGGAACACAGGAAUGAUUGUUUGUAACGACUUAAACCGUGACCGUGUGAAAGCCCUAGUUGGCAACUUCCAUAGGAUGGGGAUCACCAAUGCCGUUAUUACAUCUCAUGAUGGCCGAGCCUUUGCAAAGCUAAUGCCUCGUGCUUUUGACCGAGUCCUUCUGGAUGCUCCUUGUUCGGGUACAGGAGUCAUCAGCAAAGAUGAGAGAGUCAAGACAAGCAAAGAUUUGAAGGAUGUACAGAGGUGCUCACACAUCCAGAAGGAGCUGCUGUUGGCAGCCAUUGACUCAGUACACAAAUUUGAUGGACAGAAUGGCUAUAUUAUUUAUUCAACCUGUUCCAUUUUGGUUGAAGAAAAUGAAGCAGUAAUUGAGUAUGCACUAAAAAAGAGGAAUGUCAAAAUCGUUCCUACUGGCCUGGACAUUGGCAAAUCAGGAUAUGUCCGAUAUAGACAACAUAGAUUUCAUCCUUCUAUGCAGCUUUCCAAGAGGGUGUAUCUUCAUUCCUUAAAUUUUUUGCAGAUUUCAUCCUUCUAUGCAGCUUUGCAAGAGGGUGUAUCCUCAUUCCUAUAACAUGGAUGGAUUUUUCGUUGCCAAACUUAAAAAGCUGAGUGAUGGAGUGCCCAAGACUACACAGGAUAAAGCAGAAGAUGAAGAAGACGAGAGUAUAACUCCAACAUAAAUAUGAUGGAAUGAGAAGUUGAUUUAUGGUCUCUGCUAGAAUACAUACAGUUAUCCUCUCAUUCUGUAUCUUUUAUUAUUAUUAUUAUUAUUAUUAUUAUUAUUAUUAUUAUUAUUAUUAUUAUUAUUGUUAUUGUUAUUAUUUUAUUUUAUUUAUUUAUUUUUUAUUAUUAUUAUUAUUAUUUUAUUUUAUUUAUUUUUUUAAUUUUUUUAGAUCACUUGACCAAUCUGGAUGGCAUUCAAGGUGACAUUUUGUAUGGUUGUGCUGAAUGAGAGCUGUUAUUGUCAUGAAGAAUGAAAGUGUUAUUGUCAUGAACAAUGAAAGUGGUAUCUGCAUAUAUAUAUGGUGUGUCACUUUCUUUUAAGAAUAAUUUAUAGCUUAUGAAAGAGGAGAUAUCCUCUCUGUAACAAAGGAUUGACUCCAUCAGAUUGAGGAUUAAGAUUCAAUACUUCAAGUUGCUUCUUCUAUCUCUUCAACUGAGGUUGAUGAGAAUGUUAUGCACCAGUGGUGAGUUUCCAUUGCUUUUUAUUUAUUUACCUAGUUUUCUUUCCUUUUUUUUAGGAUAACAGCAGUUUUGGUAAACCACCAACUCACCAGCUCCCAUGGUUACAGAGCCUUGCAAAAUUAACCAUUUCAUUAGUCAGCCAUCAUUUGUAUGUAGAUAUUGUUUCUAUAAGGUUUUUGAAAGGGAUAAGCAAGUAAUAGUUAUGUCACUAAACAUAAGAAAAAUCUUUUAAGAAAGGCCCUUUGCUGCUCUUCUUCCCCUUGGGAUUAUAAACAGAUUACGAAUGUAAAAUGUAGGCUUUUAAGAAAGUAAUAUGAAGUCUAUAAUCUCUCUCUCUCUCUCUCUCUCUCUCUCUCUCUCUCUCUCUCUCUCUCUCUCUCUCUCUCUCUCUCUCUCUCUCUCUCUCUCUCUCUCUCUCUCUCUCUCCACUGCCUGUUCCUCCCUCCCUUUUUCCCUUUCCUCUCCCUUCUUUCAUCUUGUCUCAAACCUCCCUCCCUGUCAUCUCCCCUACCCCUUAUUUGUCAAAUAAGGGACAAGGGAGUGAAACACUCUCUCUCUCUCUCUCUCUCUCUCUCUCUCUCUCUCUCUCUCUCUCUCUCUCUCUCUCUCUCUCUCUCUCUCUCUCUCUCUCUCUCUCUCUCUCUCUCUCUCUCUCUCACACAUUUAUUUUAUGUCACUUUUACUUCAUCCUUUCUCACUCUCUCACUUAUAUAUGUAAUUCCAUUUUCAUUCUCAGUCAGCCUCAUUUUACUUAGCAAUCCUUAGAAUUGUUAGGAUUUGUUUUCACAGAGAGAGGGGGGGGGGGCUCUGACUUAGGCAGGAUUUACUGUAUGUAUAUGCAUGACGCUGACAAUAGAUAAAUGUGACCUAUACUUCUCAAAGCAAUGGGAAACUCAGGGUGAUAAUGCAUGAAACUCGGGAUAGUAAGAAUUUAGGAUUUGACAUGAAACUAGGGAGGGUACUAUAUAUAUUUGAUGUGUUAUCUCAAAUUUAGUAGUGCAAAUGUGCUAAUUUUGAUGGGUUUUUUUUUUUUAAGUUGUGGAUUUUUUAUAUUAUUUUCUGGUUCCCUGGAACCAAUUAAUUUUUUUCCAUAGGUUCUUCAGUUGCCAUAACACAUUUGCUAUAAUGAACGCUACAUUGGAACGAAUCAUGUUCAUUGUCAUGUACCCUAGUGUAUAUAAAUUACACAUAGUGCCACUUGAAAGCUAAUGAAUAAAUACACUUACUCUAUAUAUUUACUUAUCAGAUUCUUGGAUAAGGAAACAUGGAGUGAAAGUGUCCAUUUAUUUUGUGAAAACUCUCCAUCUAGUUUUAUACAAUUAUGUCGCUUACAAAAAUUAACAUAUAAUUGUGAACAAUCAGUAUAGAAGUACAUGUUAUAAUGUAAUGCAUGUCACAUUCUAAACUGUGCUGGGUUUUACAUCAGUGCUUCACCAACUGGCAACAUCCUUUGUAAAACUUCAGUGGCAGGUGUGCUCCUAUCCAUUACAGUCGCAGCCUGCAGGGGCACACACUAGUUCUGCCCUUUAUUUCAUUGUGCUUCCUUUAAGGUUCAGUUACCAUUUUAAUUUAAUUUCUGUUUAUUUUAGACCACUCACAUGGCACACACCAGGUCAGAGUUACCUCCUGCCACUGAAAGGUUCCUGUAUAUUACAAAAAGAUGUUGCCAGUCAAGAUGAUUGGUGAAACAUUGGUGUAAAACCUAGCACAUUGUUUAGAACAUGACAUGCAUUACAUUAUAACAUGUAUUUCUGUAUUGUUUGUUCUCAGUUAUAUGUUGUUAUUUGUUCAAUGAGUGCUGUACAAGAUGAGAAGAGUUUUCACAAGAUAUAUGGACACUUUAAUUCCAUGUUUCCUUUAUCCAAGAAUAUGAUAAGUAAAUAGAGUAACUGUACAGAUAUGUAUUUACUUUUUCAUUAGUUUUUAAGUGGCAUUAUAUGUAAUUAACAUAUCUUUGAGAGAGAGGGGGGGGGGAAGGGGGUGCUGACAUCAUGACGGUGAUGGUAAGGCCCCAUCCACAUGAGCACACAAUGUCUGACAGACUUUAUCUGUAAUUAUACAAAGUCUGCAGACAGCUAUUAUACUGUCCACAUGGUGGUGUUUGCCCAGUGUAAGUCUGACAGCAGCUGAAUGAGGGUUGGGAGUUAUGAUAACUUAAGCAUUUGCAACAGGAAGCUUGCAGCACUGUUACAUAGUAAUAGCCAUGUACAUGAAAAGCUCAGAACAAAAACACUGCCAUUCUGGAUCCUUACAACUUCCAUGUAUGUCCUGACACAUUAUUGACCAUACAUUCAUAUGCUAUUUCUGUGGGUGUUUGUGAUAAUAUAUGCCUCCUCUCUCCCACCCUCAACCCUACCCACCCCCUGUUCAGUUGUCCCUAUAUGUUGAGAACUUUAUGUAAUGUUUCAGUUUCACAUGUGAUGCCACAAUAUCAUGAUUCACAAUAAG